AUGUCUGCGGAAGAAACCACCCCUACUGUGGAAGACAUUUCCUUGGACGGCCUCAAAAAGAAGAAGAAGUCUAAGACCACUUCUGAGCCAACUACCGACUCUACUGACGCCACUGGUGAAGAUGAUUUGUUUGGUGGUCUUAAAAAGAAGAAGAAGAAGAAGUCAAAGGACUCUGCCAAAGAAAAGACUGGUACUGAAGAAUUAGAAGACGGUAUUGAAGAUUUAGGGUUAGGUCCAAAGAAGAAGAAGUCGACUAAGAAGAAGAAGGCCGACUCCUCGUUCGAUAAAGAAUUGGAAAAAGCUGGUUUAUCAUCGACCACCGCCGAAGCUGAAAGCAGUAAUACCGAAUCCACGAUCGCCACAGAAGUUGGCUUAUCAUAUGAAGAUCUUUUGGAAAGAUUUUUCACCGUCCUCAAAACUAAUAACCCUGAAUUAGCUGGUGAGAGAUCGGGAGUUAGAUUGAAGAUUCCUCCACCAAUCGUUGCCAGAGAACCAAAGAAGACAAUUUUCAGCAACGUCAAGGACAUUUCUCAGAAAUUACAAAGAGACCCAGAACAUGUCAUCCAAUAUUUGUUUGCCGAAUUGGGUACCUCUGGUAGUAUUGAUGGUAAAGAACAGUUGAUCAUCAAGGGUAAAUUCAUGCAAAAACAAUUGGAAUAUGUGUUGAAGAAGUAUAUUUUGGAAUAUGUUACCUGUCAAACAUGCAGAUCCAUCAACACUAAAUUGGUUAGAGAAAAUGCCAACAGAUUGUAUUUCAUGGUUUGUAACAGUUGUGGUUCUACAAGAUCUGUCAGUUCUAUUAAAACCGGUUUCCAAGCCGCCGUUGGUAGAAGAAAGAGAACAGGUUGA